GCAUCCUCCGGCUCUCUCCUCUACCUCUUCCUCUUCCUCUUCCUCUAACGUCAGCAACAAUGACCAGCACAAUAUCAGCCUACACAGACAAGAUCAAGGAGAUGUCCAUGCUGUCUCUGAUCUGCUCCUGCUUCUACACACAGCCACAUCCCAACAGCCUCUAUCAGUAUGGAGACCUGGAGGUGAAGGGCUUGAGCAAGCGAGCAUCCGGCCAGUCUUUUGAGAUUAUCCUGAAGGAUCCCGACCAAUGCGGGAUAAAAGCCAGCCUCGCCGCUGCCUUCCCCCCAAGGAGGGAGGCAACCCUGGAGGAGCUCCAGAGGAGGCUGGAGGCUGCUGAGGAGAGGAGGAAGUCCCUGGAAGAUCUGUUGCUGAAGCAGCUGGCGGAGAAGAGGGAGCACGAGCAGGAGGUUCUCUACAAGGCGCGCGAGGAGAACAACAUCUUCAGCAAGAAGACGGAGGAGAAGCUCACCCAAAAGAUGGAGGUCAACCAGGAGAACCGCGAGGCCCACCUCAAUGCUCUCAAACAACGUCUGCGUGAGAAAGAAGUCCACGCCGCUGAAGUGCGCAGGAACAAGCAGCUUCAGGCCGACCUCUCGGGCUGAAGACCUCUCUGGCAGUGGAUAUUACUUUUGAAACUCUUCUGUGUGUUCCUAGUUGUUCAGUAUUCACUAAUAUCAUCCCACAGUGCACCUUACCUUACUCAUCCGUUUAAUUUUUUGGUAAACCACACAUAUAUUUGGAAGUCAGGUAGAUAUUCUGACAUAGCCAAGUAAAGCGGAAAUAAAGUCCACUCCUGAGCCGAA